UGUACACUUUUUUAAAUGAGGCCUAUUUUUAUUUUUUAAAGGUUAAAAAAUACGGGAUGAUUACGGUUAAAUAUUUAACCGGGAGGACAGCGGGAUAGAAGGAAAGAUACGGGAUAAUCCCGGGAAAAACGGGAGGGUUGACAGGUAUGUCUCUGCCACGUCAUAGAACACAGAUGGGCGCGUGCCAGGCGGAAACAGCAACCCAACCUCCAUCAAAACUGCCCUGUUGUCACUUAGUUACCUCAGUCUGAGUUUCCAACUGGACCAUCUCUUCAGGUGUUUCUUCUUCCACAGCAGAGAUUGUGAAAUGCUGCUAAACGAGACUCCACUUUUUGAGCCCUCGCUGCUUCAGGAGCUGGACUGGAGUAGCAACACUGUCCCCUUCUCUCCCCCCAUUUCUCCGUCCAGCCCAGGGGAAGGCCUGGUGCUCAGACCGCUCUGUACGGCAGACUUCAACAGGGGAUUCUUCAAGGUUUUAUCUCAACUCACCACGACGGGCGACGUCACACCAGAGCAGUUCACGAAAAAGUUUGAACAUAUGAAGAAGACGGGAGACUACUACGUUGUUGUGGUGGAGGACACACAUCUGGGACAGAUCGUUGCCACGGCCACAUUGAUCACAGAAAAUAAAUUCAUCCACUCGUGUGCAAAGCGGGGCCGAGUGGAGGAGGUAGUAGUCAGUGACGUGUGCAGAGGGAAGCAGCUGGGCAAACUGUUAGUUUCAGCUCUUACUCUUCUCAGCAAAAAACUGAACUGCUACAAAAUCACGCUGGAAUGCUCGGCCAACAAUGUGACAUUCUACCAAAAGUUUGGAUACACAGCCUCCCAAGAAACUUACAUGCAGUGUCGAUUUUCCAACUGAUGACUUCGGCUUUAAACCUCCGUUUUUGGGGCGUGCACCACACCUUUUUAUACACCCGCUGACAUCAAAAGUUGACAAAUCGUCUUAGGAAUUGGGAGAGCUGCUCAAGGAUGAGCAUGUGGUUGUGAGUCGUUCUGGAACGCUCAUCCUGAAUUGAACACACUUGAGUAAACGCAAAAGUAUGUUGGAAACCCUCCGCCCCUUUGGUAACCAGCAGGGCGGAGCUCUGUCAUCAUCUUCCCACGUCAUCCGAAGAAAGGAGUGUCAUUUCCUGUAAAUGUAAUGUAUUCUCAUUGUGUUACAUUAACAACAAGUAACUUUCUGUGUACUAACAGAGAACAUAUUUAUAUUUGUGACUACCAUGUAAUUGUCAGUAAAUGCAGGAAAUCAAGAUGGUACAAAUGAAGUUAUAUUUCCGAAGCAAUUAAAUAAUAAUUUAAUACAGCUUCUCAAAUUUACUCGUAUGCUGGAAGGAAUUACCUCAGAUCAUGAUUAGUCUCACCAAUCUGUCACCAAAGAAAAGCAGAUUUCUUUCUCUCUAAUGUGCUUAUUAAUAUUACUUUGGGUUUUACAGGAGUUUCCUUUUUCUAAUAUGUUGUCUUUGGUACAAAGUGCUCUGUGUCUUCGACAGCGGUGUUGCUGGAUAACUAAUGAAAGUUCGGAUGCUACAAGCAUUACUCUCAAAUCAAGACUUAUGUAUAAUAUUUCUAGAGAACAAAAAGGUUUACAUUUUGUGUAUCUGAGGAAUCACGGUUCUUAAAGUUUUGUAUUUGGCCGAUAUUUGAAUUUUGAUCACAGCUGUGAUGAGGACUGAAACAUUUUGUGAUGGGAAAGGGAUACAAUUAUUUAAGUUAUAUAAUCAUGCUGCAUUUCUGGAGAACAUUGCAACAUAUUUAAUGUAAUUUAUUAAAAGAAAUAUGUAAUUGUUACAUAAAAUAUUCCACAAUCUAC